AUGGUGCAACUCCGCUCCCUCCUCCCGCUGGCAACGCUUGCCCUGCCCCUCCUCACGGCGGCCUCGGAUGUGAUCAAUCUGAUUCCUUCAAACUUUGACAAAGUCGUAUUCGAGUCCGGGAAGCCUGCUCUCGUCGAGUUCUUCGCCCCGUGGUGCGGCCACUGCAAGAAUCUCGCUCCUGUCUAUGAGGAGCUGGCCACGGCCUUCGCAGCGUCUGGUAACAAGGUGACGAUUGCAAAUGUUGAUGCCGACAAGCACAAAGACCUAGGCAAGAGAUUCGGUGUCCAGGGGUUCCCAACGUUGAAAUGGUUCGAUGGGAAGCCCGGCUCCGAGCCCGAGGACUACAAUGGCGGCAGAGAUCUCGAGAGUUUGACGGCCUUUGUGACCGAGAAGUCCGGUGUCAAGGGCAAGGGACCGAAGAAGGCACCAAGUCAUGUUGAGAUGUUGACAGACACGACGUUCAAGUCGGAAGUCGGAGGGGAUAAGGACAUCUUGGUCGCUUUUACGGCGCCUUGGUGCGGACACUGCAAAUCCCUUGCUCCAACCUGGGAGAAACUCGCCACCGAUUUCGCCAAUGAGCCCAACGUCCUGAUUGCCAAGGUUGACGCCGAAGCCGAGAACUCGAAGGCCACGGCUCAAUCCCAAGGCAUCACAGGCUACCCGACUAUUAAAUUCUUCCCCAAGGGCUCCACCGAAGCAGAACCCUACAGCGGCGCUCGCAGCGAGGAGGCCCUGGUGGACUUUGUCAACUCCAAAGCCGGCACCUAUAGGGUUCCUGGUGGUGGGUUGAACUCCCAGGCUGGGACCAUCGAAAUCAUCGAUAGCCUGCUAGCCAAAUACAUCACGGCCAACGGCCUGAAGGACAUUGAGCAGGCGACGGCCGAGAUCAAGAAGGCUGCAAAGGACCUGAAGGACACAUCGGUCGACUACUAUCUGCGGGCCCUGUCCAAACUGACAGGAAACCCAGAGUACGCGAUGAAGGAACAGACGAGACUGGCAGGUCUGUUGAAGAAGGGCGGCUUGGCCCCGGAGAAGAUCGACGACCUGCAGAAGAGGAGCAACAUUCUCUCGAAGUUCUUGGUCAAAGAGCCAGAGCCGAAGAGCGAGUUGUAA